AUGACCUAUCUAUUCGACCACCAGAGAGGAUCAGGCCAUCCUGAUCCAUAUCGCGGUCUACUGCAGGACUUAAUGUGGCGUAGACAUUACAACUGGGUUUCUGAGAAAGUCCAGUUCCUCGGCAAAUUCUCGCUGUUGUGCAUUCACAGCAGGUAUAAGGCCGUCUUCCUGUUAUACUCUUCCUCUCGUCACCUUGCCAGUCCAAUGAACCGGAACAGCAAGAAAAUUGUUACUCCGGAGGGAGUUGGUCAUCCCAAACGAGACCCCUUUUCCAAAACUCCCUCCCGACUUCGGGCGGUCACCCGGAUGCAGAAGGACAAUGGAUCGAUCUCUCUGGUCGACUCGGAAAGUAUCCGCCUUUUAGUAGAUACAUCACCGAAGCGGAGCAAUGCGAAUUUUCUCCGAAACAGCGUUGUACGUGUAACCGAGCACCUUCUCCCACGAAUCAUCGUGUGCACUGAGGUUACCGUCCCUCCUCAUCUCAUUCCUAAGGCGGUAACAGUUAGAAUUGUAUGA